AGUCUCCCUUGUAAAACGAAUGCGCACCACCUGUAGCUCGAUAUCUACGCUUGAAAGGUCAAUCGCCUUUCGAUCGAGUUUCUCUCAUCGAAUUUUCAUCAAGAUGUAAGAAUAUUUGACUGGAAAGAAAAGGAGAACAUCCUCGGCGUGGAUACGUGCGAACGAUGGGCGAGAAAGGAAAAAGUAACUCUUCUAAAUGGAGUAUGGAGGAACGUGAAAAGAUUUUGGCUACUGGAACGCUAGAACAGAAAAAAGAAGCUUUCAAAGAUGACGAAGAGUUGAUGAGAGAAACUACAAAAUUUGUAAGCGAGGUGAUCGAAACAGCAGCCACGGAGGCUUCUAAGAGGAAAGUGCACUCGGAGUCGGGGGAUGCGAACGAAGGAAGUAAAUUGAAGGCCAUCGAGAGCAUCACUGGCUGGAAUCAUCGUGCACGUGGAUUCUGCAAUCGAAUAAUGAACGCGCUCUGUCCGUGUUUCACCAACAAUGAAUUAUUCGCCUGGACACCGUACCGGUAUCGCUUCACGAGACCUUAAUCGCUUGCCACGUUCCAGAGUUACCCAGCAGCAGCCAUUAAUUCGAUCGAUAAAAUAAUAAAGAGCGCCGCGAGUACUCGUCGUUUUGCCGAAUAAUGUGAGUUAACCGAUGGCGAGAAAGAACAGCUCACUGGCAACGACCAACCUCUCUUUGCGCUAUUCGACAUUAUGUAAUUUAGUUUAGUUUAAUGUAAUUUUAUUCCGUUUAUUUAAGCUACAGUUUGUUUACACUUUCAUUAAUAUUUCAUUUCUCUGAUUUCCAGCGUGUAGAAGCAUACAUAUACGUACAUCUAUACGUGUGUAUUUUUCUAUGUACGUAUGUCCUGUGUGUCUGUAUGUAUGUACGUAUACAUUUUAGGAUACCCGUUUACACUUAACUAGAUGUACCAACGAUUGAAUUAACUUUCGUUGAUGAAAUUUCGUGCUCCAGUUUCAUGACUAAAUCUGGCGAACGAUCCUCUUCUUUGUUGUACCCUGUCACGUAGAAGGUACUUCACCGUUGGUACAACGCAUGAAAAAGAAACGACGUCGGUGUAAAAUAAAUUGGUGGUAUGUUCGUUGUAAUUUUAAACGCAUACAUAUAUCGUUACUGUUUCGUGUAAUAUCAUUAUAUGAAUGGUGUAUGCCUUGAUUGAAAGUACAGGAACAAGAGAGAAAGAGGAGACGAAGAGAAUCAGAUGAAUUGUAAUUGAAAAGCAGGAAGGAAGCAAAGAGAGAGUGUAAAGAAGAGAGGAGGUGUAAGAGCGAGCGUGUGAAUGAGAGAGAGAAAGGUGAAAAAUAAGAGGUAAACUAACUGUAAAAUUACUUAAUGUGGGAUCAAAAAAAUGAAAAAAAGAAUCUAUCGACUGACAAUCAAAAGAAUACGUUAUAAAUACAUGCAAAUAUAUAUUUACACGCACACAUUAGUUGCGUAAACAUUGUUUCUCUGACCGGCAUUAUAAGUAUCAGUAAAUCACAUGUCCAAGAACUGCUUUUUUUCGGAAAGUAUUUUUACUAAUUCUUUACUAAAAGAGUUUAUUCGCCGCUAUAAUAAAUAAACAAUUGAACGUAUUGCUGUAAAGCGGCCGAAUAAGCAUAAAACUGUCCAGUUACCUACUACAGAAUACGUGUGCAUAUGUACCAUAUACAUACAUCCAUUCAAUUGUAAGUUACGUAAACAGAUAUAACAUUAAUUUUCUGUGUAUCUGUUAAUAAACGUACAAAUGUAAACAAGAA